AUGUUUCAGAUUAUAAGAAGAGUUCAAAAUAAUCCUACUGGUAGUAAAAGAAUGAUUCUGUCACUUUAUAAUUAUUUGUUUCCUCAAGCGAAUGAGGUGCAUGUUAGGAAUUAUUCGACUAAUAAUCCCAUAAUUUCUGAUGAAAUAGCAGAUAGCUUUCAUCCGAAGUUAAAGACUAUUUUCCAGCAACUAGAUUCUAUUGCUCCAAGGUUUGUAUUAAACAAAGGUGAUAUCCAGAUUUUAACUCAUCCAGUGGAGUUCUAUGAGAGUUUGAAAGAAAAAAUCACCAACUCAAAAUCCAGAGUAUUUUUAAGUUCGUUAUAUUUUGGUAAGAGCCAACAUGAAUUAGUUGAAUGCAUUGACAAUGCAAUGAGUAAAAACGAGGAUUUGCAAGUAUUUAUAUUGAUUGAUUCGUUGAGAGGAACGAGAGAGGCGCCUAAACAUGCUUCUUCGGCCAGCAUAUUAGUGCCCUUAGUAGAAAAAUUUGGUAAACAUAGAAUCGAUAUAAGAAUGUAUCACACGCCACAAUUAAAUGGAUUAACUAAAAGCUGGACUCCAAAGAGAAUUAAUGAAGGUUGGGGAUUACAACAUAUGAAAUUGUAUGGAUUUGAUGACGAAAUUUUGUUAAGUGGUGCAAACUUAUCAGAGGAUUACUUUACAAACAGACAAGAUCGCUAUUAUAUUUUUAAGAAUAAGGAUUUGACGGAUUAUUAUUAUGAUAUCCAUAAUGCUGUAUCGUCUUUGUCAUACCAAUUAUUACCUUCAACCAAAAAUGAACAAGGAUUUAGAUUAUCAUGGCCAACAUCUAAUAAUUCCUGCGAACCUCAUAUGAACAUGCAAAGGUUUAUUAGUGAUUCAUCGUUCUUGUUAGAACCUUUGUUAAAGCAGCAUAAGUUAAAGUCAUUUGACGAAUUUGAAGAUACUAAUAAAUUCGAUACAAUUGUAUAUCCUAUUUCUCAACUAACUCCUUUGUUACAACCUAAUAAUGACCAAUCUACAGAAAAACCAGCAAUUUUGAGGUUGUUGUCUUAUUUGGAUUCCCCAAAAAUUAAGUGGUGGUUUACAGCUGGUUAUUUUAAUAUGUUGCCUCAAAUUCAAGAUCGUCUUAUAAAUGGAAAAGCUCCCGGAGUAGUAAUAACUGCAUCAUCGCAAGCAAAUUCUUUCUACAAAUCUCCAGGAUUGUCAUAUUAUAUACCACAGGCAUACUUAUUAUGUGCUAAGAGGUUUUUAGAAGAGAUCCAUCGUAGGGGAAAACAAGAUUUGAUUACAUUGAAGGAAUGGAAGAAUGGUAUUGUCAAUACCGUUGAUGGUUGGUCAUAUCAUGCGAAGGGCUUAUGGAUAACGGUCCCUGAAGAAGAUGAACCAUCGGUAACUGUUAUUGGUUCCUCAAAUUAUACGAAGAGAGCUUACCUGUUAGAUUUAGAAAGUAAUGCUAUAAUAAUUACUAAAGACCCGGAAUUAAAACAUCAGAUGAAAGGGGAAGUUGAUAACCUAUUAUCUCAUGUUGAAACAUUAGACCUAAGUGCAUUUGAACCAAAGUUACAAACCAGUUCAAGAGUAGAAACUGACGAAAAUGGAGAACGCUUUGAAUCUAAACCAGUAUACGAGGUAGAUGAAGAUAGAAAAAUCAGCCGUAGAACUUAUUUGGCAGUAAAGUUUUUCGGUGAUAAGCUUUGA